UCCGAACGUUGUUUCACCUAUGGAAGAGAUUAAGAAAACUCAAGAAAAGAGCAAACGAGCAGAUCUUCAAGGUCUCAGAGGAUUAGCAAUUAUUCUUGUGCUUUUGAUGCACUUAAAUCCAAAAUCAUGUCGUUUGGCAUUCGUUGGCGUAGACAUCUUUUUCGUGCUGUCUGGAUAUCUCAUGACGAAAAUUCUUCUUGGAAAAACUUUUUCGCUAUCAUCUAUUUGGAUUUUCUACUGUCGAAGAUUCAAGCGCAUUGUUCCUCUAUACUUGAUAGUAAUACUUAUUACUUAUAUAUAUGGAUAUUUCUACGUCCUUUCGUCUGAUCGCAAACAGAUUCUUGAAGAUCUUGCUUGGGUGUGCACAUACUCCACUAACUUGCAGCCAAUUUUUCAGAAGUUGGGAUAUUGGGAACAGUUGUCGACGUAUCGUUUCUUUGUUCACACAUGGUCUCUUGGAGUGGAAUUACAGUACUAUGUCAUUGCACCUCUAAUUAUGGGCAUAGCAUCGUAUUGCAAUCACGGCACUCGUCUACUGCUAUUCUUCUCCCUUGGAGCAGCAUCUAUCAGUUUCCAGCUAUCCGCGGCACCCAAUUUAUCCUAUGGGCUGUUGUUGUCCCGUAUUUGGCAGUUCGUAUGUGGAUCGAUAGCGUACGAAAUGGAAAUGAAAGUAUUGCUCAGUCAGUCGGAAAAAUGUUGUUGUUUUUCGGACGAGGAGCAGCUAACAACACCAGGUCGAAGCCGUGAAAGAAUUAUAUCUUUCAUAACCAAUGUCAUGGUAAUUGCUUUGUUGGUAUUUUCUGCAAUCAGCCCAAAGCUUGUAUCCGAUACUGCAGCAAGAACAUCCGCAACUUUAAUGGCUGCCAUCAUCAUCUUUUUGAAGGCAAAUGUGUUCCUGCUUACAAAUCGUUUCAUAAUCUACUGUGGAGAUAUAUCUUACGUUUUAUAUCUUGUACAUUGGCCGGUCAUUGUGGCAGUGCGGUACUGUUCAGAUUCGCAGAUGCUGAGCACUGCCGGUAUUCUCAUCGCAUUAUACCUUAGCUUAACAAUAUCAGUAGCUAUGCACCACACGUUCGAGAACUACUUUUUGAAUUGUACUAUGUUGCCGUCUCUGAUUUGUGUUAUUAUCUGCUACGCUUGCAUUUUCAGUUCUAGACAUAUCUACCUUCAAGCACCCCAACUAAAAAUUACCACUUCAUUCAAAUCAAAAAUUGAAUAUGCCAUUGAGUUUAAUAUAAAAGAAAGUUAUUAUUAUACAUACAACAUUCCCUGCGAUAAAGACAACGACACUCAGUUUUACACGGGGUACAAAGAUUUUUCAACAUAUCGAUGUGUUGCUAAAGGAAACGGCAGCGUAAAUAUUUUGCUGAUGGGCGAUUCAGUUGCGCGCAGAGCCUAUUCACUUCUACACAACAUACUCCAGGGACGUUAUCUCAAAUUUCGACUUUUCUCCAGGCCACAAUGUCCUUUGCUAUGGUGUUCGAAAUCAAUGUCUAGUGUGAUGAGGAAAGUAGUCCAGCAUGAAAAACCAGACAUCCUUUUGUACAUGCACCGUUCAUACAGUUCUUUCAACGCUCCAAUCAAGGAUUUGCAGAGAGACUCUAUUUACAAACAUUUCCAAAGCAAUAUCGACUUUAUGAGCAACCUCUCAAGACAUAUUGUGAUCGACAUACCAUACUGCAUAUCCAAAUGGCGUGGCAUUGGCGCAAUUCUUGCUAGGAAACUUCAGCUAGGUCUUCUUCCCGGUGAUGAGUUUGUGACUACGUGGCAGCAAUGCGACAAGCAGAUACAUAACCAGAAGUUGCGACUGGGCUCACUGAAAUGCGACAAUUGCAUAAUGAACGAUGUCAACGAGGCUCUUUUCAAAGAUGGUCUUUUCUACUAUUACGAUCCGCAGACAUUUCUCGCACGUUUGGGAGAUGGGGCUCACCUGACAACAGUUGGUCUCGAAUUGCUACGACCACAGUACACUAAAAUCAUUGAGAGAUUACUCCACACGCUUCUUGAGCAUUGAUCAAAGUGCAGCAAUAGUGCUUGUAGCGAUGUAUCAUGGUCUGUUAUAACAACGAG